AUGCAUCAAUUUCCUCACAACACUGCUGCUGCCGGCAAAGUUAUGUCAUCAACCACACACCCCGCAUAUGCAAAUCAAUCGCCAUGCAUCAUCAUCUCCAUGUGGGAUUUGGCAAAGAUCUUUGAAUAUGCUGCCUGUCGCUUUACCUUCAUCCACUUGGCCCUGGAUAAAAGUGAACACCUCGUUUUGGAGGCUGAUCAACAUAGCCCCAGCCCUGCCCAAGUAUCUCGCGACAUCGUGAAGAUGCUUACAGAAUGGCAGGUGGGAAUUUUAGACAAUGAUGACCUGUUCUGCCGGUUCUGGACCCACAACAUGAAUAUCCCAGGAGACAUCAUGGCCUGCUACCGGAUGUGGAAGGACUGGUUCGACCUCAUCCCAUUUGAGAUGCCCAACCACAUCUCACUGGAGAAAGUUAAAAAAUUAUGCAUGGCCCACAUGGACCAGAUGAGAUACAAAGGGGGCAUGGAUCCUUUGCUCACCAAUCUCUGGGUCAUCAAAGAUGAUCUUCAGCAAUUAGGGAUGCAGCUUGAUAGCUGGCUUUCUGUCAAGGUUGAUGAGGGUAGAGGGGCUUUGGAGGUGAUGGCCCAGAUGGAGGGUCUGGUAGAUGACCUUCACAAUGCCAUGGCCGCCUCUCAAAGACUCUUGGAUGCUAGAGGAAGGGAGGAUGAAGAGUAA